CGCCCCACUGACCUGAUGUAAAACCCAGUGAGACGGACUGUUGAGUUUAACCGAACUGGUUGACGAGGCCGAACUGCACCAUACUGAGUUUAAGCUGAGCACAGAGAGCCAUUAAAGAGCGACUGGCAAGGACGAAGAGUGACGAAGUAAAACUUACUGAGGCAGCCGACGGAGGUUAACCUGAUACUGGACGCAGUCUCCGAUUCCCAGUGGACCCUGACUGCUCUGUCUGUCCCCUGAGAUGGAUGAAAUAAAUCCGCUAGAAAGGGAACAUGCGCUGUGCGUCGUUCUCCCAGCGGGGAUUGAAAAGAACAUUGCAGUGCAUGGAAGUAAACCAGUGAUGGACUUACUCGUGACACUGUGUGCAAAUUACCAUCUCAAUCCUUCUGAUUACACUGUUGAGUUCCUGUCACCUAACAAGAACAACAUCAGCUUCAAGCCAAACUCUCCUAUCGGCUUGUUAGAAGCUGAGAAGAUUUUGUUGAAGCCUAAAGGGACUGAAGAAAAAACGAAGAAGCCGUACAUGCCCGAAGCAACCGUACGUUUACUGAUCAACUACAAUAAGUCCCAUAAGACAGUGUUGCGGGUGAAUCCCAGGCUGCCGCUCGAGACGGUGCUGCCGGCAGUGUGCGACAAGUGUGAGUUUAACGUGGAGACGACCGUCUUACUGAGAGACCUGCAGUCCAAAGAGCUGCUGGAUUUGACCAAGACCUUGAACGACCAUGGAUUGAGGGAGGUGUUUGCUAAAGACACAGCAGCUCAGGACUCCGCAGACUGCCAAAACAAGACAGCUGGAGGAGCUGGCACACCAACAGAGGUCAUCUCACCAACUCCAUCACAAGACUUGCAAAGGAAGGAAAGGAAACAAAGGAAAAGAGGCUUCUUUAGCUUUUUCAGAAGACGCAAGAAGAAAAACGAAACGAAUGGGUCGGUGAGUGCUCCAACGUCUCCUGGCCUGGGGAAGCAGGUGAGAGUCCGUGGGAAUUCAGAGAGCGUUUUGUCAACCAACACCCUGCCGGCCGACACGCCCAAGAAACGCCCAGCGCCGCAGCCGCCUGUUGCCGUGUCCCAGAGCGUCCCUAGCAACCUGAGCACCUGCUGUAUCCAAGGAGCACAGUCAUCUGGAGAAUUUACUUUAAGGAGUACGAAGAGGAGGGCUCCACCGCCUCCCUGUGCAAGCACACAAUAUGAGCAGAGAGAAGAAACUAAUGCGGGAGAGUCCCUGAAGACUCUGGAAGAGCUGAGAGAGACUGAUGAUUCCUUGUCCUCUUCAAGCCCAUCACUGACUCGUCUGCAGGAAGCGCCCGACUCAUAUCGCCCUUCGUUUCGAGGGAGAGACAUGUCCGACGCCCGCUCGGCUCUCGCUAAAGUCCUCACGUCCUCGGUCUCCAAAGGGACACUGGUGAGGCGUUUGAGAAACUCCGCCGCCUUCCCAAACUUCAACGUGUCGUCCUGCAUGUCUACGACUUCAAAGUGUCUGGAUGAGGGAGACCAUUGUGCAGAGCGUGAGUCUGUUUUCAGAUCUAACCUCCCGACUGAGAGCGAGUGGACGGAGCCAGGACAGAGGACUGGAUGGACUACCUUUAAAGUCAUGCCCCUAAAGAAACCAACUUUCUCUGAUCACAAGAUGACGCAUGACACUCAGGACUGCUGUGAAUUGCUUUUAAUUGAUUGCAAAGAAACAAACAAGAAACGGAAGGAAGAGGAAGAACCAGAAGUUCCACCAGCACCAGCGGAUGGUUGUGAUGGCGAAACGGCCAAUGAUAACUCAGAAAAUCAGAGCGAGUUUGGUCUGAGUCCUAAUGCAGACAUGGUUCCAUGUAGUUCAUGCACUGUUGAAGAGGAUGUUUCACAUGAAGAAACUGAAGAGGAUGUUUCACAUGAAGAAACUGAAGAGGAUGUUUCACAUGAAGAAGAUGAGGAAGCUGCCUUCCCUCCCCCUCCUCCACCUGUUGUUUUUACAGAGGACAUGGAAACUGUGGAGAAAGAAGAUUCCCAAGCUAGUCCUUUCUUCAAUGGGCACACGAAGGCAUUUAGCGUAGCUCACAACAACGCUUCCUCCGCUGUAUCUGACCAGACGACUGUGGCGCCGUCCAGAUUUGCCCAGGCAGUAGCCCUGGCUGUGCAAAGGGCCCGCCUGAAGAGUCUGGGCCUCGGCGUGGGCUCAGGCCCUCAAGCCUCCAGCGGUCCAAACGGCACUCUUCCAUCACCUUCCAGGUCCUCAUAUCAGUAUGAAAAUCCCAAUAAAACACAUUUGAAGUUUGUGUAAUGUGACAAAGCGGAAAUGAUGACAGGUGCCUGAGCUGCGUCUGUGUCCAGCUGCAUAUGAGGCUCAGCUUUCUGCAUGGACUAAAGACACCGGGUUUAGGGUUUGACCUAAGCUAGACUAGCUCAUAGUUUUCCAUAAGCUAUGCUGUUUUUCUUUUUAGUUUUCAUUUAAUGUUCAUGUGUUUAAACAGAAAUGCUUUGUUCUGGAGAAUGCCAAAUGUACAGGUUCGAGUCGCUGAUGGAUUUAUAUAUAUAUAUAUAUAUAUUUUUUUUUUUUCAGUCAACAUGUGCCAAAGUGGAUAUAAUGCUGAUUUGAGAGCUUUUAGUUGUUUAUUUAAAACAAAGAAGAAGUAACCUGUAUUAAUAGUCCUUUUUUGAAAAAUAUAUUUUUUUUAGGGUGGUUUGGUUUUCAGCCAGCAGGUGGCAGAAGAGUGUUGCUUGUAAAUUUACAAUCCAAACAGCAUAUCUUUUUUUCUUUUUUUUUUUUUAGUAAGAUUUUCAUAUAAUCCAUUCUAGUGGAUUUAUCCCUGAAAAUACGCCACACAAUUUUAUUGCAAUUUUAGCCAAAAAUGAUUUGUUAUUUGUGUUUACCGAGUAGCCAUGAAAGCAACAUCUGUUUCAGGGACACGCCUAGAAUAA